AUGACGGACAAUCAUCCUUCUCCCGAUUACUCCCGCCCUCAGUUUCCUGCCCAUCAUGAGCCACGGGUAUGGGUGAUUACGGCUGGAGACUCGCCUAUCGGGAUAUCAGUUACUCGCCAAAUCCUCAAGCAUGGUGACUGUGCUCUGGUAGGACGGGCAUAUUCAGAGUCCGAUCGGGACGAAUGUCGUCGCGAUGGCUUCGACGCAUUUCUGGCGGAGAUCGAAAGCCACAGCGACGAGGGGUGGGGGCAGCGAUUCAUGGCUGUUCCCCUCGAUAUAAGAAUGGUCGGCGAAUGCCAGGCAGUGGUCGCGCAAGCUGUUGCGACAUUCGGAAGAGUAGACAUUCUUCUUUGCUGCACAAGUCAAGCCCUCAUUGGUACAGUGGAAGAGCUAGCAGCUUCCCAGCAGACCUUGAACUUGGUUCGGGACCAGUUCGAGAUCAACUACUUCGGCCCCUUGAACAUCAUCAAGGCGACACUUCCCCAUAUGCGUCAACAAAAAUCAGGGCAUAUCAUGAUCAUCUCUGGCAUAACAGCUGCUCACAUCGGCACACCGGGCUUAGGAAUGUACUGCGCUGCAGGCUGGGCUCUUGAGGGCUUCUGCGAUAGUCUCGCAUACGAGAUAGCCCCCUUCAAUGUCAAACUUACCAUCUUCCAGUGUAGCAUCGAAAUUGGGAUCCUCACCAAUCUGGUUACCAGUGUCCCUCCAAUCACUCCCGUCUACUCUUCCUCAGUUAACCAUGCGCCAUUGUUCCGCGGGAUCUUGAAUCGUCUCGUCUCUCGCCUGCCUAACCACGAUGCUCGUAACACGGGUCUAGCAAAUGGCUCGGUCAGCUCCCAUCGAGGUAAUCCUGUCGAAGAUGGUCCAUUCUCUGUGCCAGAUGUCAUCUCUACGUACCCGCCGCUCAGCUCUGCGCACAUGGAAGUCCUGGUUACCGAGACCGUGUAUGCUAUAACGGCAAUCGGUGGUCAUGAAAACCCACCUUCGCGACAUAUUGUGGGCCAGGAGGGUGUUGCUAGUGUAAAGGAGAAGUUGAAGACAGUCAGCGAAGAACUCGAGGACUUUAUUCAAUCAAGCUUUGCUGUUGACUAUGCGGCCGAUGAUACUAGCCGAAUUCCCAAGGAUGACGGCAUGGGCACGGGUCAGGAAGCAACCUGA